UUUGAUAUUUUGUGGUUGAGAAUUUAAAUACGUUCUCUUAGCUAUGUUAAAAAUUUUAAAACUGUAUAAUAGAUAUUCGAAACUGCCAACUGGAAACUACUCCCGAACUGUAUCGAUUAUUAAUUUAAGCAAACAUGACUAUGAAAAAUAUAGAUUAACUAAUGUGUGUAGAAAAUAUCAGAGAAAGAAAUGGAAGAAUUUCGAUCAUCAUCUGAAUAAUUCAUCUUUUGUAUUUGCUGUAGGUCUGGGCAUUGUUAUUUGCGAUGCUAUCGAUCAAAUGCGAGAAGAAAAACGAUUUUUUAAAGCCUCACAAUUUGGUCUGAUACAUGAAAUAACUAGAUUCAUAAAAGAUGGCAUAGAUGUAAAUAGAAGACACCAUUUAGGUUGGACAGCUUUAAUGGUAGCCACAGUGAAUGAACAGUAUGAAGCUUCUGAAUUAUUACUGAAAGCUGGAGCUGAUCCAAAUAUUGCUGAUAAUUUUAUUAAUGCUAACCGAACAGCCAAUAAAGUAGGCUUACAUCCAAUUGAAGUGUUAAUGAUGAGAGAUGAAGAAUUUUCAAGUGGUCUAAACAAUAAGGCCACAUUUCUGGGAUUCACAGCUUUGCAUUAUGCCGCUCUUACCAACAAUCUUGGUAUUAUUAAACUGCUUAUAAAAUAUGGCGCUAACCCCAAUUUGGAGAAUGAAAUGGGGCACAAGCCUGUUAUGUACAGUAAUAGUGAUGAAAUUAAAAAAUAUCUAACAACUCAAAUGCAGAAAUUUGAAGAAUUGCAACGAGAGAAAGAGAUUGAAGAACGCAGAAGGUAUCCGUUGGAAGAGAGAUUGAAAAAAUAUAUUGUUGGACAAGAAGCAGCAAUUGCAACUGUGGCAGCAACUGUCCGGAGAAAAGAGAAUGGCUGGACAGACGAUGAUCACCCGUUAGUAUUUUUGUUUUUGGGCUCAUCAGGUAUUGGCAAAACCGAAUUGGCUAAACAACUUGCUACAUACGUUCACAAAGAUAAGCAGCAUGCAUUUAUUAGAUUAGAUAUGUCGGAAUAUCAAGAGAAACACGAGGUGGCCAAAUUGAUAGGGGCGCCUCCUGGUUACGUAGGCCAUGACGAAGGAGGCCAACUAACAAAAAAAUUGAAAAAGUGUCCGAGUGCUGUCGUCCUCUUUGAUGAAGUGGAUAAAGCCCAUCCCGAUGUUCUUACGGUUCUUCUGCAAUUAUUUGAUGAAGGCAGACUUACGGACGGCCAGGGUAAAACUAUUGAAUGCAAGGACGCUAUAUUUAUAAUGACUUCUAACUUGGCCAGUGACGAAAUAGCGAAUCAUGCUAUACAGUUGAGGAGAGAGGUGGAGAAAUUAAAAAAGGAGAGGCUUAGUAUUUCAGAUACCAAAGAAAAUGAAAAAUAUAUUUCGGAUAAUAUUCACAUAUCAAGGAAAUUUAAAGAUGAAGUGGUGAAACCUAUACUGAAACGGCAUUUUAAAAGGGAUGAGUUUCUUGGUAGGAUAAAUGAAAUUGUGUAUUUUCUUCCGUUUUCAAGGAAUGAGCUGUUGCAACUUGUCGGAAAGGAACUUCAGAGUUGGGCACAAAGGGCUAGAGAUAAGCAUAAAAUAGAAAUAAAAUGGGACAGAGGUGUGGAAUCUGCACUGGCAGACGGCUAUGAUGUGAAUUAUGGGGCCAGAUCCAUAAAGUACGAGGUUGAACGCAGAGUUGUGAAUCAACUUGCGGCUGCCCAUGAAAAGGGCAUAAUCGGUAAGGGCAGCACGGUGCACAUCUUCGCCCUGUUCCCAGAGAAUGCAGAAGCACCCGAGAUUAAGCUUAAAGUCCGUAAGAGCGGUGUGAAAGAAUUCACAGAAGUGGAUCAGAACAAACUCUCCAUCAAGAAUUUAGCUUCCAUUUUUACUUAAACGAGUAAAUUGCCAAGCCCUUGUCCAAUGUGUAUAUUUUUUAAAUUAUUUCGCUGUACGUAAGUUUUGAAUAUAAAUAAAUGCUGCAACCAUAA